GCUUAUGACGUUGGGACUAUAUUCUUGUAUAAUUGGCUGGUUCUCUUCGAAGGUCAGGAAAUUUCUAGAAGUUGCUGAGUUGCAAGUAUUUAAUAAAGUCCACAUUGCUAAAGUAGUGGUUUGAGAGAAAUCUGGAUUUAACCUGGGAAGUUUAAAGUAAAGUGGUUUUACUUGCAAAAACAAAAAAUCAAGUUCUCGGAUAACAAAGGACAGGCGAUUGAAGAUGGUGAAAGAGACGACCUAUUAUGAUGUGUUAGGAGUGAAACCCAGUUGUACUACUGAAGAAUUGAAGAAAGCCUACAGGAAGUUGGCGUUAAAAUAUCAUCCUGACAAGAAUCCUAAUGAGGGAGAAAAGUUCAAGCAGAUUUCGCAAGCCUAUGAAGUUUUAUCGAAUCCAGAUAAACGACGCAUUUAUGACCAAGGAGGAGAGCAGGCCCUUAAGGAGGGUGGAAUGGGAGGAAAUGGUUUCUCAUCCCCAAUGGACAUCUUUGAUAUGUUCUUCGGGCAAGCAUUUGGUUCAGGUGGGCGUGGUUCCAGAGGUGGUGGUAGGCGAGAAAGACGUGGGAAGGACGUUAUUCAUCAGCUGAGCGUGUCUUUAGAAGAAGUGUACAAGGGUGCUGUGCGAAAGUUGGCCCUUCAAAAGAAUGUUAUCUGUGAUAAAUGUGAAGGUCGGGGUGGUAAGAAGGGUGCAGUUGAGCCUUGCCCAUCAUGCAGAGGAACUGGGAUGCAAGUUCAGAUACAACAGCUUGGUCCAGGCAUGAUCCAGCAGAUUCAGUCCAUGUGUGGAGAAUGUCGUGGGCAGGGAGAGAGGAUCAACCCUAAGGAUCGCUGCAAGACGUGUCAGGGAAGGAAGACUAUUCGAGAUCGUAAGAUCCUGGAGGUACAUGUGGACAAAGGUAUGGUGGAUGGACAGAAGAUUACUUUUGGUGGGGAAGGAGACCAAGAACCAGGUCUUGAGCCAGGAGACAUAAUCAUCGUCUUGGAUGAGAAAGAACACGACUUGUACAAACGAUCCGGUAAUGAUCUCAUUAUGCGUUUGAACAUUGAAUUGGUCGAGGCACUCUGUGGUUUCCAGAGAGUAAUAAAGACCCUCGAUGAUAGGGAUCUUGUCAUCACAGCCAUUCCUGGUGAAGUGACCAAACAUGGUGAUGUAAAGUGUAUUAUUAAUGAGGGCAUGCCUCAGUACAAGAACCCCUUUGAGAAGGGACGUCUCAUCAUUCAGUUCCUAGUGAACUUCCCAACAACUUUGCCCCCAGAAUUGAUUCCUCAGCUAGAGAACUGUCUACCACCCAGGUAAGGAAUACUUCAUAGUUCGU